GGAUCAUAUAAAUAAGCAGCAGAACUUUGGCUAAGGCAUCACUUCCAUUUGCAUUCUACAAUCAACUGGACAGCCGACCAAGCCAGCAAAAUGAAACUGUUGUUGAUCUGCGCAUUUGUCGCCGCCGUGGCCGCUACUACCCCUAGCAACAAUUACCUGCCCCCCGCAUACGGUGCCGCCUCGGCUCCAGUUGCUUCUUACGCCGCGGAGGCAUCGGCUCCAGUUGAGUCCUACUCUGCUCCCGCUCAGUCCUACUCUGCUCCAGCUCAGUCAUACUCUGCUCCCGCUCAGUACACCGCUGCCGCAUCCGCGCCAGCUGUGUCUUACUCGGCUCCAGCUCAGUCGUACUCUGCUCCCGCUCAGGCUACCUACACCGCUGCCGCAUCCGCGCCAGCUGUGUCUUACUCGGCUCCAGCUCAGUCGUACUCUGCUCCAGCUCAGUCAUACUCUGCUCCCGCUCAGUACACCGCUGCCGCAUCCGCGCCAGCUGUGUCUUACUCGGCUCCAGCUCAGUCGUACUCUGCUCCCGCUCAGGCCACCUACACCGCUGCUGCAUCCGCUCCAGCUGCCUCCUACUCUGCCCCCGCUGAGUACGAGACCGCUGCUUCCGAGCCCGCUCACACCUUCUCGGCUACCGAUGGAUACCGCUACAAGACCCAGCGUCGUCGCGUCAUCCGCCGCCACCGUCGUGAUGUGAGCCAUCUGCCAUCCAACGAUUACCUGCCCCCCUUCCAGGGAGCCGCAUCCGCACCAACCUCUGAGUACCUGCCCCCAGCAGCCUCGGCCCCAGCUCCAGUCUACCAGGCCGCUCCUGCCCCAUCCUACACUGCCGCUGCUUCGGCUCCAGCUGUGUCCUACUCUGCCCCUGCUGCAUCCUACUCUGCCCCUGCUGCAUCCUACUCGGCCCCAGCUGCCUCCUACUCCGCUCCUGCUGAGUACGAGACCGCUGCCUCUGAGCCUGCACACAGCUUCUCGGCCAACGAUGGAUACCGCUACAAGACCCAGCGUCGUCGCGUCGUCCUCCGUCGCCAUCGUCGUGAUGUGAGCCAUCUGCCAUCCAACGACUACCUGCCCCCAGCAGCCUCUGCCCCAGCUCCAGUCUACCAGGCCGCUCCUGCUGCAUCCUACUCCGCCCCAGCUGCCUCCUACUCUGCCCCAGCAGAGGCCACCUACACCGCUGCCGCAUCCGCCCCAGCUGUGUCAUACUCGGCUCCAGCUCAGUCAUACUCUGCGCCCGCUCAGGCCACCUACACCGCUGCUGCAUCCGCCCCAGCUGUGUCCUACUCUGCCCCAGCUCAGUCAUACUCUGCUCCCGCUCAGUCAUACUCUGCGCCCGCUCAGGCCACCUACACCGCUGCUGCCUCCGCCCCAGCUGUGUCCUACUCUGCCCCCGCUGCCUCCUACUCAGCCCCCGCUGCCUCCUACUCUGCCCCCGCUGAGUACGAGACCGCUGCCUCUGAGCCAGCCCACAGCUUCUCGGCCACCGAUGGAUACCGCUACAAGACCCAGCGUCGUCGCGUCAUCCGCCGCCGCAGAUAUUGAACGGUUUAGCAGUUGAGGCUCCCCCAACAGACCCAGCCAAAUAGAAUUUUGGUUUUCGGGUUCUUCAGUCACUUGUACCGAUAUUGUUAGGGAACGAAAUUGAUAAAAUCUGAAAUAAAACUCCUGAAAAAUA